CGACAGUCUCACCAAACGCGCACGGUCAGUUGCCCGUAAUCUCACCUGUCAGUGGGUUCAAACUCCAAGGCCACUCCAUUAUACUACUCCUGCUCUAUAUAUUCAUCUCCCAUUUCAGUCUUUUUCCACCACCACACUCCGUCGCCACCCGCCACCCAUCGCCGCCGUGGACGGUGGCGCGUACCCUGAUGCAGAGAGCAAAGACAAGGGGGUAUGGGUCAGGGACUGAGUUGCAGAGAACCCCAUGACAAUAGCUUCUUUAGUGCUGUCCAAAAUGGAGAGCUCGAGACAGUGGAGACCAUUGUUGAUGAUGAGCCAAGUGUGCUGGAACGAACCACUGCUCGUGGGAAGCUCUCUGCACUUCAUGUGGCUGCUGCAAAUGGUCAGAUCCAGGUUCUUUCUAUGCUUUUGGAUCUGUCUGAUCGUCCUGAUGUAUUGAAUCGCCACAAACAGACCCCAUUGAUGUUAGCUGCAAUGAAUGGGAAGAUUUCCUGCGUUGAAAGGCUGAUUCAAGCCGGGGCUAAUAUUUUGAUGUUUGAUUCACUCCAUGGAAGGACCUGUUUGCAUUAUGCUGCUUUCUAUGGCCAUCUAGAUUGCCUACAAGCUAUUCUUUCUGGUGCCCUUUCCACUCCUGUUGCCCAUUCCUGGGGAUUUGCAAGGUUUGUGAAUAUAAGAGAUAAAAAUGGAGCAACCCCAUUGCACUUGGCAGCCCGACAAGGAUGGCCGGAGUGUGUUCAUAUGUUGUUAGACAGUGGGGCUCUUGUUUGUGCAUCUACUGGGGGAUAUGGUUACCCUGGGAUUACACCACUUCAUUUUGCAGCUCGUGGGGGUUCAUUGGAUUGUGUUCGGGAAUUACUUGCUUGGGGGGCUGAUAGACUUCAUAGAGAUUCAUCUGGGAGGAUACCUUACAUGGUUGCUUUGAGGCACAAACAUGCAGCAUGUGCAGCUUUAUUGAACCCGUCAGCUCCAGAGCCUCUUAUAUGGCCAUCACCAUUGAAGUUCAUUACUGAGCUUAAUCCAGAGGCAAAAGCAUUAUUAGAGAGGGCACUAAUGGAGACAAACAAGGAAAGGGAAAAAACCAUCUUGAAGGCUACAGUCUACUCACUUCCAUCGCCUUUGCAUUCCGAAGCUGAGGCUGGUGACAAUAUGUCUCAGGCAAGCGAUGUCGACCUGUGCUGCAUCUGCUUUGACCAGGUCUGCACAAUUGAGGUUCAAACAUGUGGUCACCAAAUGUGUGCCAAUUGCACCCUAGCUCUGUGCUGUCACAACAAGCCCAAUCCUACAACGUCAGCUCCAAAGGCCCCCGUUUGCCCCUUUUGCCGAAGCAACAUUACCCAACUAGUUGUUGCCAAAAUCAAAACCGAGAACGAUAAAGAAUUUGAAUUCAGCCCAUCAAAGCCAAGAAUAUCAAGAAAAUCUUUCAAUACCAGCGAAGAGAGCAGCAGCUUCAAGGGUUUGUCUGCCAUGAGUUCGUUUGGGAAGUUGGGUGGACGUAGUUCAGGGAAAGUUGCUGCUGAAUGUGACGACGAACUCGAUAAGCUUUAAAAAUUGAACAUACAGACAAAGGGCUGUCUUGGAUUCACUUUGUGACCACGAGACACGGGGUUUGUAUCUGGAACUCCUUUUUUCCCCCAAAAUUUAUGUUGUAAUGCUUUUAAAAACCAUCUAAGAAAUAUAUAUAUAUAUAUAUAUACGAGUUAAUGAAAAAUUCUUACGGAUUUUGGUUUAGGAGGGCUUCUUUGUUGUUGUAAUCUGCUUCACUUAAGAUUGAAGAAGCAAGACUGAAUUGAGGAUCUACUACUUGAAUGCUAUAUAUAUUAUAAGUAUUUUUCUCUUGCUCAAC